AUGGAAUGUUGCAAUCCAGAUUGCUCAAAUUUAUCUUCUGAAAUCAUUGUAUGCCGGAAUUGUUGUAUGGCUAGAUAUUGCUCACUCCCCCCUGCGUGAGCAACAAAAAAAUUUUGCUUGCUCAAGGAGGGGGGGUUAAUUUUAUUUUUUCGAAAUUUAAAAAAAUUCCGCUUCGCAAUUUGGAAAGCAAAUGCUUAUUUAAUUUGUAAAAUUUAUGCUUUAAAAAUGCAAUUUGUGCUAGAUAUUUCAUUGUACUAGUAAUCACUUAUUUAUCAAAAUUUUUAUAUCAAAAGAUUUUUGUUCGCUCAUGCAGUGUCGGUGUUUGGGCGAAAAAUAGGAAUUUUUCCAAUGGGUUUGGUCACCUUAGAGGGGAGUCAGAAGCUUGCUUAAAAUUAGACUGAGAGCUAAACCACUCAAAACACUGCCGGCCUCACAUUUAUACUUUACUCCCCUUAAUUAGCAGUAAGCAUUUUUUUACUAAUCGAAUUAAAUAAAUUAUUUUUAUGAUUUUUAUAUAUUGGGAAGUGUUAAAUGAUCUUCAAAUUGUGUCAAAUCCAAACUCUUAUAAGCUCGGUCGAGGGUCUUAUGGAGAAGUCAGAUUAAUUACAACAAUAAAGGGAGAAAAGCUUGCAUUAAAAUCAAUUAGCAAAAGUUUAAUUGAAACAAAAAUUCCAUUAAAAACUCUAUACAGAGAAAUAUCAAUUCACAGAUCAUUAUGCCAUAGAAAUAUCAUUAAGCUGCAUGAUCAUUUAGAAGAUUCUUCCAAUGUUUAUUUAGUCCUUGAAUAUGCUGAGCAAGGGAACUUAUUUACUUUUAUAAAAAGAAAAAGGAAAUUAACUGAAAUCGAAGCCUGGAAUUUUUUCACACAAGUUUGCCUCGGAAUUAAUUAUUUACAUGAGCAAAAAGUUAUUCAUCGAGAUAUAAAGCCUGAAAAUAUUUUAUUAGGCAAUCAUGAUAUAAUAAAAAUUUGUGAUUUUGGAUGAUGUGCGUUUGGAAGUGAAGAAAGAUCAACUUUUUGUGGGACCCUUGACUAUAUGGCUCCAGAAGUCUUAAAUUUAGACCAUUAUUCUUAUGAAGUAGACAUAUGGGCAUUAGGAGUUCUUCUAUAUGAAAUGCUGCACGGCCAUGAACCUUUUAGAGCAAAAAGUGACAGAGCUAAAUGCAAGCUGAUCCUAGAUAAAACAUUUAAUUUUGGUAGUGGGAUUUCAGAUGAAGCUAAGUCGCUGAUUAGAAGCUUGUUAACUGAUGCAUAUCUUAGACCUAAUAUAAAAGAGAUCCUAAAGCAUGAAUGAAUAAGAAAAUAUGCCCAGAAUCCUGAUUUUGAAGAAGCAUAUGUAGUUUCACAUCCAGAUUAUGGGAAUGGAGUAAUUACAAAUAUCAGUGGGCUUAUAUGUGAAGUGGAGUUUGGGGAUACUCGACAAGAAUUUAUAAUAAAUGAUUUAAUUGAAAAAUGCACUUUUAAGGAAUUUAAAGAUGAAGAAGACUAUAGAAAUUCUGCAAGUGGGAUUGGUUUAGUCAAGCUUGAUAGAGAAAGUGGUACAUGAUUUUUUUUAUGUGACAUUUCCUCACUCCCCCCCCCUUUAAAAUAGAACUAAAAAUUUUGUUCCAAUUUAAAGGGGGGUUAAGAAAAUUUUUUUAAAAAAACAUAAUUAUAAAAUUUUUUAUAAAAAACAAAAUUUUUAUAUAAAAUUUUAAAAAACAAAAAAAUUUCAAAAAUUUAUCGAAUUAGAUUAAUAAAAAUUGUUUAAUAAAAUGCUAUUUACUCUUUAUCCUUUAAAACAAAGCAAGAUAUAACUAAAAUUUUAUUAUUAAUUAAUACGCCACUAUUAAUUGGUAUCAAAACUAUUUACACAAAAAUUAUUAUUUUUUAUUGAUAAAAAAAAAUUAAAAAAAAAAAAUUUAGAAAAUUUAUUAAUCAAAGUGCUAGUUUUGUUUAAAUAAGAUGUUAUUUAUACUCUAUUCUUUAAAAUAAAGCAAGAGAUAAGUAAAUUUUGAAUUUUUGCAAAGAAUUCGUAUUGAAUUUAUAUCAAAGCUAUUUAAAUAAAAAAUAUCAUUUUUAUCAAAAAAAUUAAAAUUUUUUAAAAAUUUACAAUUAAGGAUAAUAAAUUUAUUUAAAUAAGAUGUUCUUUAUACUCUAUUCUUUAAACAAGAGCAGGAUAUAACUAAAUUUUUAAUUUUAGUUAAGAAGAAACAUUUAAAUUAUAUCAAAACUUUUUACAUAAAAAUUAUGAUUUAUAUAUAUAAAAUUUUUUAUUAUAAAAUUAAAUUUUGUUCCAAUUUAAAGGGGGGUUAAUUUUACCAAAAAAGUGGAAAUUUUACCUAUAUUUUGUUCCAAUUUAAAGGGGGGGGGAGUCAGGGAUAUUUAGUUAAAGUUUUUUUUACUCGUGAGACAUUUGAUCAAAAUUUAACAGUUUUCCAUGCAAAUGUCUCACGAGGAAAAUAUUUUUAUUUAGAUUUGCUGAAAAAUGUCAUGCUAGAAAAAAAAGUCCUGACCAAAUGACCUCUAGCUGAGAGAAAGCAUUGAAAAUAUUGAAGAAAAUAAAGCAGAAUCUGAAGAAAAAAAGUAUGAUAAUUUAGAAAUUUCACAGUCAGCUUUGCAAGCAAAAAUAAGAGAAUUGAAUCAGCUUAAAAUAAUUUUGGAAUCACCUAUGCAAAAUCCAGCUAAAAAGAAAAACCCAGUAAAGAAGGAAAGUGCUUUUGAUAGUUUGUUAUCUAGUUUCAGCUGCGUGAAAAGAUAA